AUGGAGUACAUUUUUCAGGUUGAAUUAUUUACCACAGAAGCGGCGUGGCGUGGUGAACGGUAUUCCGGGGGGGUGGGGGGAGGGGGGGGGGGACGGGGGUGGGGGGGGGGGGGGGGUGGGGGGGAGCGGGGGGGGGGGGGGGGGGGGGGGGUGGGGGGGGGGUGUGGAGGGGGGGGUGUGGGGGGAGUAGCCGUGGGAGGCAUUGCGGGGGGGGGGGGGGGGUGGGGGCGGGGGACCGCAGGGUGGGGGAGGGGGGGGGGGGGGGGGGUGGGGGGGGGGGGGGGGGGGGCGGGAGGGGGAAGGGGGGACAAACCGGGCGGGACACACGCGUAUGGGGGGGGGGGGGGGGCCCUUGGGCGCGGGGGGCCAAGGAGGGAGGGGGGGGGGGGGGCGCGGGGGGUUAGAUGGAUAGAGGUAAUGGGCGGCGGGGGGGGGGGGGGGGUGGGGGGGGGAUAG